GCAUCCGGCACCAGCUCACUCUCCACCUCUACCAUGGACCAGGCAGUUGCAAAACGUAUCCUGCAGGAACUCAUCAAGAAUGAAGAACUCGGGAACAAAAAAUGCAUAGACUGUGGAAACCCCAAUCCGCAAUGGGCAUCCCUCAGCUUCGCUGUAUUCCUCUGUCUUCAAUGCGCGGGUGUACACAGAGGUUUUGGCGUUCACAUCAGCUUUGUGCGAUCCGUUUCGAUGGAUACCUGGCACGAAGAGCAAAUCAAACGCAUGAAGCUCGGGGGUAACGCUCCCUUCAAAAAAUCUAUGCAGGAGUACCCCGCAGACGGAGGCUGGAAGGAUGGAAUGAGCUCUUAUGACACGUACCAUACAUGGGCUGCUACGCAAUAUCGCGAGAAGCUGGACGCGGACUUGGCAGGCAAACCCUGGUCGCCAAGCUCACCGCCUGCUGGUACUGCCGCUCCAUCGGGGUCUCUCAGCCCGCCUAACCGGCCAGGGUCGGCUCAAGGACUCCGCAAGUCUAGGGCAUCUACUCGUAACACACCUAGCAGGUCGGAGUCGCCCUUCAGUGGCUCACCUGCGUCGACUCCAAAUCCCCCUUCCACUGCUUUCCAGGACCAGAAAGCCGCGAACGAAGCCUUCUUUGCGAAUCUUGGUCAGGCGAACGCUACCCGUCCUGCCGACCUUCCUCCUUCUCAGGGCGGGCGGUACCAGGGUUUUGGUAACACGCCCUCCCCAGCGACGAAUCCCUCCUUCGGCUUGUCAUCUGCAGCUGCGCCUAGUCUCAGCGACUUCCAGGGGAAUCCCGUUGCCGCUCUUGGAAAGAGCUGGUCGUUAUUCUCGUCGGCUGUGGUAGGCGCCACACGCACUAUCCAGGAGAACGUCAUCCGACCCGGCAUGGAGAAGGUCAGGGACCCUGAAUUUCAGGCUAGCGUCAAGGGAUACGUCUCUGAGGCGGGCAAGCGCGCCGGAGAGGUCACCCAAUCGGCGAACACCUGGACGAAGCAGACUCUUGGCGUCGAUGUGGCGGAGAGCGUGGGUGGUGCUGUGGGCGCGGUGAGAGGCCGGAUGGGUGCUGGUCCGCAGCAUCAAGGCUAUGGCGUCGUACAGCAAGGCCCAGUUGGAGAGUCGUCGUCGCUUUACCAAGACCACGAGGAGGAUGACUUCUUCGAUCAAUACAACUCCCCACUGUCGUCCAGCCAUCCCAACUUCCAGUCUCCCACAGCUGCCACCUCGCUCACCUCAAGAAGCAAUAGCCAUACGGCUAAGAAGAGCGUCGAUGAUUGGGACGAGUGGAAGGACUUCUGAAGGAUUGCGUCACGAUUCUCCUCGGACCAUAGAUCGGCUAUUUACUGGAUGGCAAUUAUUUUGGUUUGUGUAUUGGCUUGUGCAACGUGUAGACCCAUGCUGUACAUCAUCAUGACAUAACGGAGUUUCAGGCACUCCGUCCGAAGAUGUAACAAUCAGCUGUUGC